GCAGCGAUAGAAACGCGCCGCGCGGCCUCUUUAAGAGACGCCAGGAAUGUAUCCAAACAGACCGUGCGCUCGGGGCACGUGACUCACAGCUGAUUUCCGGCCCCGCCCCCUUCUCCGGCCCGCGCCGCCCGAGAGUCAGUUCGCUGCGGCCCGCGGUCCCCAGCCUCGGCGCGCGCGAUGGCACACGCGGCCCCGCCGAGUGCGCUGGAGCAGAGCGGCCCCAUCCGAGUGGAACACGACCGCCAACGCCGCCAGUUCUCCGUGCGCCUCAACGGAUGUCAUGACCGGGCUGUCCUGCUCUAUGAGUAUGUGGGCAAGCGGAUCGUAGACCUGCAGCACACGGAGGUUCCAGAUGCUUACCGUGGCCGUGGUAUUGCCAAGCACCUGGCCAAGGCUGCCCUGGACUUCGUGGUGGAGGAAGACCUAAAGGCCCACCUCACCUGCUGGUACAUCCAAAAGUACGUCAAGGAGAACCCCCUGCCACAGUACCUGGAGCGCCUUCAGCCAUGACCCAAGCCACUGUGUGCAGGGGUGCACCCUGUGGGCUUUCCACGUGGGCCUCGGCCAGCUCAUGUGCUCUCAGGAACCUGUUCCCAUGUGGACAGGCUCAGAGUUAUUUUUGCAAGGACACUCGUCUGCAGCCCUCAUCCAGGAUUCUGGGGACCAGCUGCCAGCUGAGGAUGUGUGGAUAUCCAGAGUGGGAUGAAGGGCAGACCAAGUGACCAAGACUCCGCUCCCACAGAGACCCUCUGGCUUUGCUGAGGUCUCCCUUCCACCAGCUGCACAUCCCAUCGAGCCCAGGCGCUGGGUCCGUGCUCAGAUCAGCAAAAGGAGUCCCUGCCACCACCUCCUGGAGCUGUGUCCUUCCUGCAAAUGAGGAGGGUGUUCCUGGAGCCAAGAAGAACAACAGGAACCCUAUGUGCCAGCUUCCCAAGGUGGGGGUGCCAAGCCUUAGCCACUGCCAUGCUAACCCUUUGUCUUUCUCAGACUUCUGUGCCCUAGCACAGGCAGUGGAGUGGCUACAGAGGACAACUGUUCCUGGUAUGUGAGAGCAGUGGACACAGCUCUAGCCCAGGCCCAUCUGUGGGCAUGCACACCAACACAUGAGCACAGACACAGGGCAGAUGACAGUGAAUGUCUUCCUCUUCUUGGCUACCCACACUUUUUGGCUUCUCGUGUUGAGUCCUACAAGGAAACAAGGUCCUGGUCUGCAGGUCUGCCUUCCCAUGGGUCCACCUGCUGGAGUCUGUUCAGAGGAUAGUGUUGGUCUACUGAGCAGUGCAGUAUCCCUGGGCCUCUCUGGCCUUCCAAUUGCACUGGCAGGCCUUUCUUGGGGAUCACCUUGGAGAUGGGUGGGGAGGUGGCACACAAAAUCCAUUUUGUAUCCUCUCUUGUGCGCCUGGCUUCUAGUCAUCUCCCCACUGCUGCUUAGGGCACUCCAGACAUGUUCCCACUCAGCAGGAGUACUGAAAGGAGGCCAUGCAUCCUGGCCGGGAAUCCUUAAGCUCAGAAUCCCUGAGCCUCACUCACCAGUGCAGUCAUGGGCAUGGAUCCAUAUGGUUCCCACCCUCAGCAUCUCCCUACCUCCUGCGCUCCUGGCUCUUACCCUGUUCUUGAUGUUCCAUUUCCAGACUCCUAGAAUUCCAGGAUAACCCAGCAUACCUCCCCAGCCCUUCUCUGUCAGCCAGGGACUCUUUUCAGGGUCCAGGGAAACCCUGGGCUUCUAGGGAGACAUUGCUGACAGUAUUCUGCCAGCGGUGGUGGCAGUGCGUCUACAACACAGUACUUGAAUGAGGGUCCGGAAUCAUGUGGACCCAAGUAGAGUGGCUGGGCUUCCUUGGUGGGCUUGUUUCAAGUCUCUGCAGCGUGGCCUGAGCAUUCUCACUGCCUUGGAAGCCUUAAAGUCCCACUGCCCAGGCCCCGGAGGCUUCCCAGCCCUACGAUGUAGCAAUAACCAUAUCUCUGCCUCUUCCUCUUAGCCAAUACUGCCCAACUGGGCCACUCUGGUGCUACCCCAUCUGACUCCCCACCCCACCCCCACGUCCUGGCUCACUUAAGGAGCCCAUGGCUAGGCACUGGUCACUCUAGGCUUCAUGGUCCUUCAGUAGGUCUGUGCUGUGGUCAGAUCUCACUCUGGGGUUUCCCUUCCUUGCCCAGUCUACACAGGCAGUAACUCAUGUGCCUUUCCUACUCUGAACCUGCCACCGGUGGUGUCUGGGCCAAGGCUGGUCUUGGGACCUGUAUCCCCAUCAUUUUUCUGACUUUUGAACACAUUGCAUGAUCCUUUUGGUAGCUGGUAAAAGACUGAGGCACAGUGAGGUCAGGGAGCCCCAGAGUGAAGGAAUUAAGGGAGGUAGGUUAUGUAGGAGGUGGUCCUCCCUGGUGUCCAGCCUAUUUCUUGGUCCUUCCUCGGCACUACCUGCAUAGUGGGACAGCCCUACUUCAGGGGAGUCUAAGCUCUGAAGGCUGCCAUGGCCUGACUGAGGUCUCCUAGCACAAUAGUGGUAAUUAGCAUCAGGUCUGGAUAACUUUGCUAUCUGAAUACCUACUUCUCUGUUGCCUGGGCAACAGCUUUACAGGGAUUCCUAGAAGUCAUGGUACCACACUAGUCUCUGACACAUGAGCUGCUCAUUUCCCUGAAGUUGGUCAUUUGGGGCUUCCUGGCCCAACAUUGGUAAACACAGGAGCAGUGCAAGUUUCCCAAAACAAGAACACAGGGAAUCUGCUUGUGUCAGCCCCUCUUAGAUGGGACCUAACCCACCAGGGCUCAAGUAAGAGGCACAGCAGUUGCAGCCCUUGUGGUUUUACCCCCAUUUUAAUUCUCAUGGAAAUCCCAGGCGACAUCAAUUAUUGGGCCUGUUCUACAGAUGAAGGGACAGGGUCAGAUUGAGGGAGUCACCAGCCUGCAACCCACAUAGCUAGACAGCCCAGGAUCCAAAACUAGUCUAGCCCCUGCCCUCUAGAUGGUUCCCAGCUUGUAUAUUGUGGUCAGAUGUCUUCUUUGGGAGACAAAUGACAUCAGUAAUACAUAGAUAAAAUUUUUAGCAAUUCCCUUAUUUCUUUGAAGGACCGAGAUAGGGCUCUGUCUUGAAUUAUAAGGUACAUGGCCAACAUCAUGAAGUCUGGCUUGAGAACGGGAACACUCCCCUGGAGCACCAGGCCACUCACCUAUCGUUCCUCAGAUCAGGACUUGGGGUGGUUCGAAACCUCCCGCAAGUCCUUUUACUCAGGGUCCUAGUUCCACUCAAUGCCCUACAUUUCAUACACAAAAUCUUUCCUGGCUAUGGGUUGAACUUGUAACUGCAACCUCCAAGAUCACACUUGGGGGUUUCAUCUGUGUCCUAUGGCUUCAAGAUAUUAAAGAUGCUUUUCUGGUUGUCA